AUGCCUCUCGACAUCGAAAUCCUGCCAAGACGAGCCGCCGUCAACCUCGCCCGUACGACCGAGAGAAAGCCAUCUCAGACCAACACCGUUGAGCUUCACGUGUUUUGCGAUGGGUCGUUCAAGCGGGGACGCAAGUCCCGAGCAGGUAUUGGCAUUGUUGUCAACAUCUGGCUCCCACGAGAACACGCAAAACGACGCACAUCGAAGGCUUGCUUCAUACCAUUCUGUCCUCCUGGGGGCAACCACCGCAUAGAGGCAUUCGCACUGGCCGAGGGAGCCUACGUCGCAGUCGACCAGAUCUUCAGCCUCAUGACCCAGAACCUCAUAGUCUCCACUGACAAGUUUGAGAUCAUCUUUUGGUCAGACUCCAAACGGGUGUUGGGCAGUUUGGAAACCCCAAGACGAUACGCAGUCCUCGCGAGGAAAAUGGAACACAUUCUUCACAUCAUCGAGCUCAAGGCUCGCGACCUGCAGGACUUGAGGUCGGUCGUGUCUCUCAAGUUUCGCUGGUGCCCCGGAGAAUGUGUCGAGCCGCACAAGACAGCUGAUCAUCUGUCCAAGAAAGUCAGAGACUCAGGCGGCAGAACCCCGUCCAAAGCCCUGGACCUCUUCAAGCGCCUCCCUCACAGUGCCAUAGAGUCUGCGCUUCGCCGACAACGCGACCCUCCCUCCCCAACGCCUCCUACAAGCCCAUCGUCUCAUUUGCUUCAAGAAAGCUCUAACAUGACUGACAAAGCCAUCUCCUUGGUGCCGGACACCUACAUUGUCUUAGAGGAUGUCAAAUCGAAGGCUAACAUUCCCGACGCGCUUCCAUCCUCUCCAAUUGCACCCCCAGCCCCACCACCGACGCCGAAUCUAUCCGCCGCCGAGCCCGUCGCUUCACACAUCUUGCACCGAGCUGCCGUUUCUUCUCGUUUCUUCAGCAUCAUUGCUGGCACAGUCACGUGUCUUCCGUCGCAUCAGCGCUCAGACAUGCGCCACGCGAUUCGUCAGCAGAAAGAGGCGAACAAGAAGUGGCAAACCGUUGGCUUGACUCUACCAGAGGAUCCAAAGGAGGACAACCCGCUAGGCUACUCGAGGAACCCUAAUCCAUUCGCUAUCAUCCAGGCUGCCGCUCUGGAGCUCCCGGACAGUGAAAAGGAAGAUCUACUGGCAGCAAUCGACCUACAAAAGAAGAAAAAUGCGCACAUAGCUGAGACGCGAGCUCUAGGUGAAGGCUACGAGUCACAUAUCAGGGAGGAAAGCGAGAUGGGCGAUGAGCCCGAGGUCAUUGAAGCGCCACGCCAGGGCCGCUUGAAGACUGUGUGGCACUGGGUCGAACGCAAGCUCACGGGCCUGUAG